AUGGACACCCGCCAAUUUGGAGACUUGUCACAAACACACAUGGAGGAGUCUCGCUUUACCUGGAAUACAAACCACGACAGCUACAUGUACCCAUACAAGCAGCAUGUAGUAAAUUAUCCCUCGGAAGAAAACAUCUGUUUCGAUGACUUUGGCGAAGGCAGCAUCAGCGUUCCACCCAUGCAGCGCUUCAUGGACGACAUGUACCCCUUCAGCAGCGGCAUGUUAGAGGCAAACAUGCCCCUAUACAACCAGUACACAGCACAUCUAGAGCAUCAAUGGCACCCAUCGGACAGCCUUCGACAUCCUUCCCCUGACUGCACAUCCUCUGGCAACACCAGUCAGAAUACUCAGGACGAGCUGCGGUCUCCGUACAUGUACCAUGCUACUCCAUACACUGGUCCUAUGGAAUACCCUCAGACCUCGUUCCCCUGUUUAUCGAUCGAGCAAUUUCAUAAUGCUCCUUACCAGGUCGACGUUCCGCCGUUUCCAGGUAACUGUACCCUUCGUCAACUCGAAUACACCCCCGUGACGGAGGCAGUUGCAGAGGAAGUCGAAGAUGGUAAUGUCAAACAAGAGGCCGUCCCUAACCACCAGCAAGGAACUGUCAAGACAGAAGAGACAACAGAGUACACAGCCUAUGCAGACUCGGCAAUUGGCCUAUCCACACGAGACGCUCAAUCAGUUGAACCAGUCGAACCAGUCGAUUUCCCUGAAGAGUCCACUUCAGAUUCCGAGUAUAGUCCGACGUCUAGUCGGUCUAAUAAGAGGAAAAGGUCGACAGUGUCGAGCAAUAGCUCUAGUCGUACAUCAAAGCGUCGCGCACACACUCGCAAGGAAUCACAAGCGUCAAGCCCUACGACUUCGAUCAAAUCCGAGAAGAAACAACGCCGGACCUCAAAAGCCUCCCAGGGUCCUAUCGACCUGAGCACCCACCCUGACUAUCGCCGCCCCUUCCCUUGCCCAUUCGCUGUAUACGGCUGCAAGUCCGACUUCGUCUCCAAGAACGAGUGGAAGAGGCACGUCAGUACCCAACACAUUAAGCUUGGCUACUGGCGCUGCGAUCUCUGCCCGCCGUCGGUAGACCCAGACGACGACGCUCUAUACCACAACGACUUCAACCGCAAAGACCUCUUCACCCAGCACCUUCGCCGCAUGCACGCCGCCCCCAAAGACAAGUCUCCCCAAUCUAUCAAGGAGUACCCCGUCACCGAAGCCAACCUCUCCGAGCACCAGAACCGCUGCAACCGCUGGCUACGCGACCCGCCUCAGCAUUCCAGCUGCCUCUUUUGCAACUGCGAAUUCGAAGGUGCAAACUCUUGGGAUGAGCGCAUCGAGCAUAUCGGACGCCAUCUUGAGAAGGAUCAUGCGAGUCGAGCUGAUAUGCUUGAUUGCGCUAUGUGGUAUAAGGAUACGAGACUUGAGUCUUAUUUGCUCGAUGAGGGUCUCAUUGUACGAAAUGGAAGUGGUUGGAGCAUUGGUGAUGGUAACCCCUGCAGGGUUGCUGUUGUAGAAAGUGAUGUGGAGUCUGAGGAGGAGUGA